AUGUACAGCAGCGAACACGUAACAUUGCCUCCGCACGGCAAUUUUUCGAUGACCGGACAGUCACUGCUUGACUAUCAGUCGCACUGCUACUGGUAUCCUUCAACCGAGCUUGCGGGGAGUGGGAGUACGACCACAAACGUUACUUCUGCAAUAAUCGACAACUCUGACACAUCCAGUUCUUCCUCCACCUUCAGCUACCGGUAUCCCAUUGUCACCGAAACAAAAUCCUCAACGCAGCGAUAUGGUGUGAUUGGCGGUGGGGCUGGGAGUUUGAUGGACACAACGGGCUCGAGUGCGACGUACAAUCCCUCCGCACCACACAACUACUAUCCAGGGGCGCUUGAUUCGAACACAGGUUCCUAUGUUGCGCCCACGAGAUCAAAUAGAAGCUCCUACACCAGGUCGUCGAGUCCAAGUGGGGGAUCCUAUGCUGCCCCCGAAAUAUCAAGCACAGCUUCACAUGCCGCCUCCGCCCUGUCGGUGAAUAGUAUGGGGAUGUACAGGGGCCAGUCAUUGGGCGGUGAUGGGAUGGUGCAUGGUUCACAUCUUAGGCUUGUGGACAAGUAUGCCGAACAACCACAAACUCCGCACAUCGACCCAGAUUUGAUGUCGACGUGGUCUAGCGCUCCGACUGGAUUUGCACUAGAAGAGUGGGGGUCAUAUUUACCGAAUAUUGGCGAGCCGACCCAGCAUCCUCCGGGACAUAUUAUCCACGGAUAG